GCGGCGGGCGCAGCUCCGGCUGUUCUCGAUAGGAACAGGUCGCCGGCCGGCAUCGCUCAGCGGGCAGCAGCCGCAAGGAGGACGAGGUGCAGCACCCCAGGAGCAGAGGAUGUUCUCCCGACUGAGGGCAGCCGCCGCCCCGUGCGCCGUGGCGCGCCGCCGCAUCCACACGAAGGAGAAGGGCAAGCCGCUGAUGCUGAACCCGCGGACAAACAAGGGAAUGGCCUUUACCUUGCACGAGCGGCAGAUGCUGGGGUUGCAAGGACUCCUGCCUCCUAAGAUAGAGACACAGGACAUCCAGGCCUUGCGGUUCCACAAGAACCUGGCAAAAAUGACCGACCCCUUGGAGAAGUAUAUCUAUAUCAUGGGGAUCCAGGAGAGGAACGAGAAGCUGUUCUACAGGGUGUUGCAGGACGACAUUGAGCGGCUGAUGCCCAUUGUGUACACGCCAACGGUGGGCCUCGCCUGCUCCCAGUACGGGCACAUCUUCAGGAGACCAAAAGGAUUAUUUAUUUCCAUCUCAGACAGAGGCCACAUAAGGUCGAUUGUGAACAACUGGCCAGAGAACGACGUUAAGGCUGUUGUCGUCACUGAUGGAGAAAGAAUAUUGGGUCUGGGAGACCUAGGAGUGUAUGGGAUGGGAAUCCCAGUAGGAAAGCUGUGUUUGUAUACAGCCUGUGCAGGAAUACAUCCGGAUAAAUGCUUGCCUGUGUGCAUCGACGUUGGGACUGACAACACGACACUCCUGAAAGAUCCGUUCUACAUGGGCCUGUACCAGAAAAGGGAUCGCUCGCAGGUCUACGACGACCUGAUCGAUGAGUUCAUGGAAGCCAUUACAGACAGGUAUGGCCAGAACACACUUAUCCAGUUUGAAGACUUUGGAAACCACAAUGCUUUCCGCUUUUUAAGAAAAUACAGAGAGAAAUACUGUACCUUCAAUGACGAUAUCCAAGGGACAGCUUCAGUGGCCUUGGCAGGACUGCUGGCAGCACAGAAAGCCACUGGUAAACCACUCACAGAGCAGAAAGUGCUCUUCCUUGGGGCAGGAGAGGCUGCGCUGGGGAUCGCAAACCUCAUUGUCAUGGCGAUGGUGGAAGGCGGUGUUUCUGCCGAGGAGGCCUACGGGAGGAUAUGGAUGUACGACAAGUUCGGGCUGCUGGUUCAGGGCCGAGAACAAAAGGUGGAUUCCAACCAAGAGCCGUUUACACACCGGCCCCCAGAGCAGAUACCAAAGACAUUUGUGGAGGCGGUGAACGUGCUCCGGCCGUCAGCUAUCAUCGGCGUCGCAGGGGCCGGCAGGCUCUUCUCCCACGAUGUGCUCAAGGCCAUGGCUGCCAUCAACGAGCGGCCCAUCAUUUUCGCGCUGAGCAACCCCACGGCGAAGGCCGAGUGCACGGCAGAGGAGGCAUACACGCUGACAGAGGGACGCUGCUUGUUCGCCAGCGGCAGCCCCUUCGACCUGGUGACCCUGAAAGACGGAAGGACCUUCAAGCCAGGCCAGGGGAACAACGCUUACAUCUUCCCAGGCGUGGCUCUGGCUGUGAUCCUCAGCAGCGUUCGGCACAUCAGCGACAAGGUUUUCCUGGAGGCUGCCAAGGCGCUGGCAGAGCAGCUGACCGAUGAAGAACUCGCACAGGGAAGGCUUUACCCUCCGCUGUCCAAUAUCAGGGAAGUUUCUAUUUAUAUUGCCGUCAAGGUGAUGGAGUUCUUGUACGCCAACAACAUGGCCUUCCAUUACCCCGAGCCCGCCGACAAGAACCGCUACAUCCGCUCCAAGGUGUGGACCUACGAGUACGAGUCCUUCAUGCCGGACGUGUACGACUGGCCCGAGUCCAAGGUCCACUGAGGCGCCGCACUCCUCAGGCGGUAUCUUCCACUCUGCAGGGAUCCCCUUUCUCAGACCAAUUCAAAUCGUAAUCUUCGAGCCCUGUAAUUUAUUUUCGCUCGUUCUGGUGUCUCUUCCCUCUCCCCUCCUCCUUUUCCCCCCUUUUACUCUGUUUUUUUGUUUUGUUUUUUUUUUUUCACUCGGUGUCGAUUUCUCCCCCACUCCUCCCCCCCCCUCCCCGGUUUACCCAUCAAACUGUGCGUAUGACCUGCCAUAGGAACGAGAGGGCCCUCCAAAACGAAUUCAGACGAUGGCAUUGCACUUGUAGCUCAGAGCCAGCACCACACCGAGGAGUUCCGCUAACGAUGUUUUAACCAAACGCGUCUGGCGGUGAGCUGUGGCCCUCUCAUCGCUGCUCGUGCCCCCGAGUGAUUUAUUCCUGCCUUUAAUAAUCGGUCUCCUAACUGCCCCAGCGCUACCACGCUGUGAUACCAACGGAGAGCGCUUGUCAGAAAACCCCCUGGGCUCUUCAAGGUAAAUUUAGCGGUCCAGGGGGCUCUGUCUGAUGUUUAGAGGUGCCCAUGCCCAGACUCUUGCCCGCUCCGUUCCCUCGAGCGGCAGCGCGGCGUUCGCGUCUGGAAUCUGCAGCAAACUUCACUUUUUUUUUUUUGUUUUCGUCGCUCUGUGUGUGUAAUCCGCCCUCAGGAAAAAUGCGAGCCGGUUAAAAUUACCCUUGGAAAGCCCGGAAAACAAUGUUAAUCGCUUAACAGCUUUUAAAAACAGAGCCACGCUGUCACAUAACAAAUUUUAUCAGGUGAACGCAGCAUCUGAAGUAACAACCAGAGAUCUUUUAGAGGUUUUGCAGUGAGAUUUUGUGCACUGGACUGCAAGGUGAGGUACCAAAGGAUUUUUCUUUGUGGUUUUUUUUUUAAUUUUUUUAAGGUUAUGUUUCUUCUAAGCCAAAUUUUUUUUUUUUUCUCCCUUGCAUCCCCUGGUUCUCACAGAAAGACUCCUAUAUGAGGAGCAGUAUAACAUGUUUUAAUGUAUGUUUUAAUGGAUUGCUGACUCGAAAACUCCUCUAAGUGGACUCGCUCACCACUUUGAGCAAACACUCCACAGGCAGCUGAGGAAGCUGAAGCAGAGAAGUGUUGACAGGCAGCUAUUUACAGGCACAUUUACUACACAGGUUUGGCUGAUUGUUUCCUGUGGUCUCAGUCCAGCGUAUUCAGCUCAGUUUGAGUGCUGGACUCUAAAAGGUGCAGUGCCUGCUCUUUUUUCCUGUAGGUGGAUGGCUCUGCACGUUUGUUACAGGUGCCAGGGGGUGUGCUGGCAUCAGGCUGUUCAUUUAUUUCGUGGGCUAUCAGGCUGAAGUGCCCUCUGUUACUUUGUUUGGGCAGGCAAGGACACGCUGUGAUAGCUGUGGCUUCCCCCAGCCUUGUUCUUUGCAGCAGGAACGGCGAUAGGCCAGGAACAGAAAUGUAAAGAUAACGGGCUGUCCCCUAGUUUGCUGCACCCAGGCACAAAAACAGAACAGGACAGAAGUAAAUAAAUGGAUAAGUGUAGCAAGGGCUGCACUGGCAGGGCGUGAGGGCAGAAUCCAAAGCCGUGGAGCAAAGCUUGCUCAGGGUUUAACCGUGGCAAGCACCUCUCUCAUACCCUCAUUCAAGUGGGAAAAUGCUUGAAAACAGAAACUGGGGGGGAAAAUAGUCUCAGCUACCCCCCUUGGGCACGAUCUGUGGCGCUUACAGCCUCUUCUCCGGCUUUGAGGUCACGUUCGUGUAUGAAAUACGGAGAACAGCGAACCUUGGGAAGGCUUUGCCCGAGGUGGGGGCGAGGGGACUGGUGAUGUAAACGCAGAAAGCAGCGAUGUGGGGAGGAAACUGUGGUACUCAGGCUGCGGUCAAGGGCUGUGCCUCGUUUGCACCUGGUUUGGAACUUGCACAUGUAAUAUAUAAAGACCAACACACACACACACAUACACACACACACACAGAGGUGGUGUUUUUACAGAGAACGCCUUUUUUUCACCUAUUUUUGCUAUGCCUGGUUUUUAUUGUAUUUAAAUUCUGUGAGAUCUUAACGGAAGGAGAUUAUUUAUUUAGUGUUGUGAGUUGUUUUUGCCUCCUGAGAGGCCCGACUCUGUCUGAGGCCUGUUGCAGUGUGUCAGUGGAGUUCUGCAUCGCUGGAUUCCAGCACCCUGGGAACACACACACUCCCUCCCUUCUGCCAGGAGUCUAAUUAGGCAGACGAGUAACAAAAAUACCCACUGCGCUGAUCUCAUGUCCCGGCUGAGGAUGACCACAGAGGCAGAGCAAUCAGUCCCUAAAUACGACUCUGUCUCAGAAAAUAAAAGAUCUGCGUCCACCUCUUCGGUCUGACUUUUUUUUUUUUAAUUUUUUUUUCCCCUCCCUCAGGCAAGAAAGUGCAGUCAUUGUCCAUAGUCAGUGUGUGUUGAUAGUGCUCAGGAAAACCUGGAGCUUGGGAAAAUAGUGUCACCUGUGCCCAGGGGGAGUUCUGCCUUGGCCAGGAGUGAUUCUGGUUUCCCAGAGGCAGCUCUGGCUGCUCCCACGCUGAGGGAGGAGGCCUGUUGAGUGCAGGGCAGCUUUUUCCCCUCCCUGGCACGGGGCUCCCUGCUGCCUUUCAGCAGGUGCCAGAGGGGGAUUGUUGAGAACUGGCUGGCAGGGGGGUUUUUCCCGAGCACCUGCAUAAUUUUUCUGGAAGUCCAGCAGCACAGGUGAGGGACAAGUCAGCCCCUAAGCGACCUGGAGGCUCCAGUUCGGGAACUGCCCAGCCCUCGUGGGGCUGCAGGUGUGUUGGGGCUCAGGAGCAGAGGAGGCCUGGCUGUGUCCCCCUGGGCUGUCCCAGUUAGGGUGGUGCCGGUCAGACCUUGCCUGUGACACUCACGGGCUGUGUCUGACCAGGUGCUGUGGAUCACCUGUGGAUUGCAGCACAGAGGUGGUGGGGUUUUCCCUCUGGUGUGCACCCCUCGCUUUCUGUUGGCAACAGGUAGCCUGCCAGCUCAUGUUUUAAAUCCAUUUUGCUCUCCCUUUCACCUUUUCCAGAAUUUUUUUUUUCCUAAGGUACAUAAGUUCAUCUUCAGUUUUCCGUAUUCUUCAAGUGCAGUUAAUCUUUGAGUUAAUUACACCUGCUAAUCUUGCUGCUUAGUGAGGACCCCACAGUGUCUUUUCCAUAUUCAACUCAGCCUGAUUUUUUUUUUUUUCUUUUUCUGUUUGCUGGCUUAUUUAAAAGUAUUUACUGACCUUUACCUACACAUAAAAUUCUCUUACACAGCAUGCAAAGGGGAAACGCUGGUCACCAGGGUGCAUUUUGUAAUGCUGCAGAGUGUAAAGUGAAAUAACACAUCACCUGAGGGACAACUGGUGUGUUCUGGCUCCUCACACAGCCCUGGUGACUUUUUUGCCCUCCAAUGGUAUAAAACACUGCUUGGGCUGUGCAGAGCCCUCCUGAGAGGAUCAGGAACUCCCACCAAGGUCAGUCCUUUUCCAGGAUUUGUGCAAGACUCGCUUCCUUAAAAUCAGCAGGAGCAGGGCGGAGCCUCUUGGCAGGAGCCUGUUUUGGGGAUAUUAAAGGGUAGCCGGUGGAGUGCAGCCUAUUAUCUAUUUAUUUUUUUUUUUUUUUUUAAAUGAGAAUGCACGUGUUUUUUGUUCAGAGAUGUCACAGAGGUCUGUGUGUUCCCGGAGCCUCUGCCCGGGUGUGGGGUGGGGCCGCUGAAACACUGUACCUGAUAAAGAGUUUGGAAGCCAGCUGUGGCUCGUGGCACAAGCUCCCGGCCGUGUUUGUGAGCAGUGAUGUGCCUGUUUCCCAAGCUUAAAGCCCGGCCACGCUUUCGGUGCAGAGUGGUGUGUGUAACGAGGUUUCCCGCCUGUCUCCUCCUGUACUUGUCUGUUUCCAGCACUCCGUUUUACAAGUGGGGAUAAAGUAACUUCUCUGUCGCGCUCCUCUGGUGGUAACUGCAGAGAUGAACGAUACACCUCUUAGUUUUCUCUUUUAGUUAGGAGCCCUGUGUGGGAGAGUGGGGAUCACUUAUUGCACGGCUCCGGCUGUGCGUUUUAGUUCAGCUGACUCCGGGCCCGAGCCGAUCCACGCUGCUGUUCGCUUGCUCCGGGUCCUCCUGACCCCAGAGGCGCAGAUCUGAGCUCCUCUGGAUAAAAGUUAUCUCGCAGGACUCUCGGAUCAGACUGUGAGAACACUCUGGACUCCCGUCCCAGCUGCAAGCGCCACUCCUGGCCUGGAGAGAACCACUGUUGUUUUUUGGGCUGUGCGCUGCUGUCCCGUUCCGUAACAGCCAUUUCAGGAGGCAGGGACCGGUGUUUGACGCCGAGCAAACCUCUG